CACAUAUUUUAGAUCAUAAUUAUCUAGAAAAAUAUUAUGUACACGAGUGAAAUUAUACAAAUUAUAAACAAUGCGCAAGUCCAAUGCUUAGUUAAAAUAUUAUGUAGGAAUAAUUAGUGUAUAAGUUAUGUGAUCCAAGAAUUCUAGAACACCAAGAGAUCUAAGAGUAAAGUAAUUUAAAGGAACAGAUUCAACACUCAAGAGACAUGGAAGGAACGGUUCCAUUACAUUUGGACCCAGUCCACCAGAAUGAAGUCUGUGACAGAAGAUUAUGGAUCGGGAAUCUAGACCUGAGAGUCAAUGAGUAUCAAUUACUGAAACUGGUCCGCGUCUAUGGGAAUAUUGAGAAGUUCGACAUGCUGUUCCAUCGUAGCGGACCUGCAGCCGGACAGCCGAGAGGGUUUGCGUUUGUUACAUACAAAUUGAAACAAGAUGCUGUUAAGGCAAUGAACUCAUUGAAUGGACAGUUACUAGGCUGCAAAAGGAUAUGUGUCAAAUUUGCUAAACACACUGCUGAUGAUCAAGAUAAACCAAAACCAGAGCUAGGUAUACCGGCGUUGGCUGGUGCAAAACCAGAGUUUAAACUCAGCAAAAAGACAGCCAUCCAAUCCAUAGAGGCUAAACUCAAGAUGAUGGAGAAUAUGAACCCCGGUGAUGACUUUGUGAUCAAUAAAUUAGCCGCUAAUGAGACUCCAAUAAUAACACAAUACCAGAAUAAAGCCCUGCAACCUCCAAAUAAAACGGUCAGCUCGUUUCGAAGACGACACCCAUAUCAUAAGAAGAGAUAAUCCAUUAGGAAUAGUAAUAAAACUACUUGUUUAAUUUUAGUUUAUCAGUAUUUCAUAUUUUAAGGGUUUCAUUAUAAGAUAUUUGUAAAAGUAACACAUUUUCAGGUUAAAAACUGUUAUUUUUAAUAAUUCUCUUAUUAUUAUUGGCUUGAUUUGUAACUAUGUAAUUCUAAUCUUGAAAAUCUGCUUUAAACUACCCUGAUCUGAUCAUUCUAGUAUCUAUCUGAAACCUUUCCGUUAGUACCAGUCUAAUGACAAGGGCGGUGGGUGAUAUUUACGUUGUGAUGUUUGAGAUUGAGUACAUCUUGCAAAUUUAAUAGAAAAAAAAUAUGUUGAAAAUUCUUACGAAUACUUAUGACAGUUUUUACAUAAUGAUAUCUAAAAAUAAUGGUUCACAAAAUUUCAGUCAGUUAAGG